GUCAGCAUUAGAAAAAUUUAUUGUGACAAUUACUAAUUUCCACGAGCAAGCAUUUAAAACGGCAAAAUGACUGAACAAAAAUCUAAGCCAGAGUUGGGAUUAUUAGAGGAAGAUGAUGAAUUUGAAGAGUUUCCAGCUGAAGAUUGGGCUGACGAUGAGGAAGACAAACAGGAUGUUAAUGUAUGGGAAGAUAAUUGGGAUGAUGAUAACAUAGAUGAUGAUUUCUCAUUACAACUUAGGGCGGAAUUAGAAAAACAAGGCAAAUCCAUGGAUGGACAAGAACCAAUGAAAACAUGACAAAUUUUUUAUAAUCAUCAUCAUCAUAUCGCCAAUUGUUUAUCAUUUAUUACCUUAAAGAUAAUAUGACCAAGUUAUUCUGUUAAAUUUUCAAAAAAAUUGCAUUGCAAAAACGAUUACACAUUUUUCUAUCAGCUUGCAAUUUGUGAAAUAAGUUGUUGAAACUGCCAAUGUCACAAACACUGGUGUUUCAGAGUUGUGAAUGAAAAAUUUUGUUUCCACAAUUUCAUUCUUUUUUGCCAUAGUAAGAAAAUUUAGAACAUAGAUAUUUCUGAAAUCUCAUCAAUUUUGUCAUUUUGUUUAAUAAAAGACUUAAA